AUGAAGCGCGUCGUGGGGAGCCCAGGGACAUGGAGCGGCAUGGCGCUGCGUGUGUCGCAGUGCGUCUUCGCCGCCGCGUCCUCCGCCGCCAUGUCCUCCGCCUUCGGCUCCCUCAACUACAGCGCCUACUUCUACCUGAAUACAGCGUUGGUCCUGCAGUUUCUGUGGAGCAUGGGCUUUGCUUGCCAGGACAUCUUUGCUUUGAGGAACAAAAAGGAUCUUCACGCUGAGCCGGAACUUGUACUGCUCCGUGCCAUCGGCGACUGGGUCCUCGCGAUUCUCAUGUUCUCGGGAUCCUGCGCCGCGGCUAGCGUGACCAUCUUCUUCAUGAAGGACGUGAAGUUCUGCGCCGAGUACCGGCGGCUGCCCUGCGGCCAGUUCGAGCUCUCGGUCGCCCUCGCGUUCAUCACGUGGUCAUUGCAAGCCGCGUCUUCUUUCUCCGGGUUCUGGCUUGUGGUCUCCUUCUUCUAG